UUUUAAGACCACAAUCCCACUAAUCAAAUGAAAAACAAAUCGCCUACCCAGUUGAAUUUGACAUGUACCUCAAAAAACCAAUUCAUUAAAUUUUUAAAUACCUACUGUUUUUAGCAAAUACUAGCUAUUACUAUUAUUAUAUUUUACUUUCUUUACCUACUCUCUCUCUCUCUCUGCUUUAUAUUAGCCAAUGCAACCAAAACCCAUCAAGAUUCUUGAAUUCUUGAAAUUAUUAUAAAACAAAAGAAAAACAAGAACAAGAGAGAAAGAAAAAAGGCACUGUGUUAAAAGAUCAAGAACUCAAGAUUCAAGAAAGGAUGAUAGUAGCACCACCUCCAACAAUGAGUGAGAUGUGGGCGACAAUGGGAUCAACAAUUGCCAGUUUCAUGUUUCUUUGGGCUAUAUUUCGCCAAUAUUGCCCAUAUGAGAUUAGGAGGUACAUGGAAAAGUAUAGCCAAAGAAUGAUGAGUUUCUUCUAUCCUUACAUAAAGAUUUCAAUCCAUGAAUAUACUGGUGAGCGUUUAAGGAGAAGUGAAGCCUAUUCUGCUGUUGAGGCUUAUCUUAGUGUAAAUUCUUCAAAGUGUGCUAAAAGACUAAAAGCUGAAAUGGGUAGAGAUUGCAGCAACUUAAUACUUAGUAUGGAUGAAUAUGAGAGGGUUACUGAUGAAUUUCAGGGAAUUAGGGUUUGGUGGGUAUCCAGCAAAGUUUUAUCUCCUAGCCAAUCCAUGUAUCCUCAGCAAGAAAAAAGGUAUUAUAAGCUUACCUUUCAUAAAAAUCAUAGGGAGAUUAUAACUGGGGCUUAUUUGCCAUAUGUGGUGAGGGAAGGGAAGGAAAUUAGGGUUAGAAAUAGGCAAAGAAAGCUUUAUACUAAUAGUCCUGGCUAUAAAUGGCCUAGUUAUAAGCAGACUAUGUGGAGUCAUAUAGUUUUUGAACAUCCUGCAACUUUUGACACAAUGGCUUUAGAGCCUGAAAAGAAGCAGGAGAUUAUUGAAGAUCUUGUUACUUUUACUAAGAGUAAAGAUUUCUAUUCAAGAAUUGGUAAGGCUUGGAAAAGAGGGUAUCUUCUUUAUGGUCCUCCUGGAACUGGCAAGUCUACUAUGAUUGCUGCAAUGGCUAAUUUGUUGAAUUAUGAUGUUUAUGAUCUGGAGCUUACUGCAGUUAAGGAUAAUACUGAGUUAAGAAAGCUUUUGAUCGAAACGACUAGUAAAUCCAUCAUUGUUAUUGAGGAUAUUGAUUGCUCACUUGAUCUUACUGGCCAGAGGAAGAAGAAAGCGGCAGAUAAGUGUUUAGAUGAUGAGAAAGACAAGUUAGAGAAAGAAAUUCCUCGAAAAGAGCUAAAAGAGGAGGCGAGUAGCAAGGUUACACUUUCAGGAUUGUUGAAUUUCAUUGAUGGGUUGUGGUCAGCCUGUGGAGGAGAAAGGCUAAUUGUGUUCACAACAAAUUAUGUGGAGAAGCUUGAUCCAGCUUUGAUAAGAAGAGGAAGAAUGGAUAAGCACAUUCAGCUUUCUUAUUGCAGUUUUGAAGCAUUCAAGGUGCUCGCCAAGAAUUACUUGAAACUGGAAGCACAUCCUAUGUUCGAAAUCAUUGGAGGGUUAAUGAAGGAGAUAAAGAUCACACCUGCUGAUGUUGCAGAGAACCUCAUGCCUAAGUCUCCACUGGAUAAUGCUGACAAGUGUCUUUUGAACUUGAUUCAAGCACUCGAGGAAACAAAAGAAGCACAAGCUCUGAAAACAGACAAGGAACAAGUUGCAGAUAAUGAGACAAUAGCAGGGUACCCUAUCAAAGUAGCUGUUCAUCAGGCAAGAGAAAAUGGAGAAGCUGAAAACCAUUGUGAAUUAGAACUACAUUCUUGUAUUUAAAUAUUUUGCCAACAUAAUUUUCUGGGUACAAGAUUUAAGUGAUUAUUAUCAUGUACAAGUUUCAAAAAUCCUUUUAUACCCAUUAAUAUGUUUGCAUAUUCAUAUUAGAUAAUACAAACAGCAGAAUGAGUUUCAUA